UCUGCGGCGGUAGCAGAACUGAGGAGAGACCGAGAACACCUCACCUCCUCACACGGCGAGCGAGGGAGGGAGAACCGAGGGAAGGCGUGUGGAGUUUAAGCCAAACACAAGGGCGACUUGGAGGAGUGUUUGACCAACCGCCUUUCAUUCAUCAAGUCGCCGGUUUCCACGCAGAAUCGUCAUGUCAUCGUCCGGUAAAGACAACAGCGGCGCCCAACAUGCCAAUUAUGUGGGACCUUACCGUUUGGAGAAGACGCUGGGGAAAGGACAGACAGGUUUGGUCAAGCUCGGAGUUCACUGUGUCACGUGCCAGAAAGUUGCCAUAAAGAUUGUCAACCGGGAGAAACUGAGCGAGUCUGUACUCAUGAAGGUGGAGCGAGAAAUAGCUAUCCUGAAGCUCAUAGAACACCCGCACGUUUUAAAGCUCCAUGACGUCUACGAAAAUAAAAAGUACUUGUAUCUUGUACUAGAACACGUGUCUGGAGGUGAGCUCUUCGACUACCUGGUGAAGAAAGGACGGUUAACACCGAAAGAAGCUCGGAAGUUCUUCAGACAGAUCAUGUCGGCGCUCGAUUUCUGCCACAGUCAUUCCAUAUGCCACAGGGAUCUGAAACCAGAGAACCUGCUACUAGACGAGAAGAACAACAUCAGGAUAGCAGACUUCGGCAUGGCCUCUCUUCAGGUCGGAGACAGUCUCCUGGAAACCAGCUGUGGAUCUCCACACUACGCCUGUCCAGAAGUCAUUAGGGGGGAGAAGUACGAUGGAAGGAAAGCAGACGUCUGGAGCUGCGGGGUCAUUCUUUUCGCCCUAUUGGUGGGGGCUCUGCCUUUUGAUGAUGACAACUUGAGGAAUCUUCUGGAGAAGGUGAAGCUGGGUGUUUUCCACAUGCCCCACUUCAUCCCUCCAGACUGUCAGAACCUUCUCCGCGGCAUGAUUGAGGUGGACGCUUCCAAAAGACUGACGUUAGAGAAGAUCCAGAAACACACAUGGUACAUAGGGGGCAAGAACGAGCCUGAGCCCGAACAGCCCGUCCCGAGGAAGGUGACCAUCCGCAGCCUUCCCUCGGCGGACGACAUCGACCCAGACGUCCUCGACAGCAUGCACUCGUUGGGCUGCUUCCGAGACAAAAACAAACUCCUCAAAGACCUGCUCUCCGAUGACGACAACCAAGAAAAGAUGAUCUACUUCCUCCUGCUGGACCGUAAGGAGCGGUAUCCGAGUCAGGAAGACCAGAACCUUCCUCCGCGCAAUGAGAUUGAUCCACCCAAGAAGCGCGUGGACUCGCCCAUGCUAAAUCGUCACGCCAAGAGAAGACCCGAGAGGAAAUCGAUGGAGGUCCUGAGUGUCACAGAUGGAGGGUCACCAGUGCCGGUCAGGAGGGCCAUCGACAUGACGCAACACGGACAGAGGUCGAGGUCCAUCAGCGGGGCGUCCUCCGGCCUCUCCACCAGCCCACUCAGCAGUCCGCGGCCUGUUAGAAAGUUUGGUGUGCCGCCUCAGUCCCCGGAUUUGCCACAGUCCCCUUACGCCAGCCCGUGUCCGUCCCCGGAGCCGGUUCCAAAUCGCGCCGGCUCGCUUGUCUCGACUCCUAAUUCGCUGUCUCCGAACAGUGAACCUGUGCCAUCAGCUCUUAACAAGACUCAAACUCUCCCUGCCAAGCCCAAACUCGCCCCAAAGCCUCUACACGCCACACGCUCCAACCCGCUCCCUGAAACCGAGGCCGACGAAGCGUCCACACCAAAAUCAGAGCCGUCGACUCCCAGCCAGCUCCCGUCGCAACCUCCAUCUGCGUCCAUGCCUCCUACGCCAACCUCCCCCACCCCACCGUCCUCCCCAGCUCCGAUCCCGCUUCCCAGUAGCCCUCAAGUGCGUCGCGCCCAAUUCGCUGCCAAUCCCCAACUCUCUGUGCCCUUCAGUCCAGCGGUGCCGCUCUCGCCUAUCAGGUUGCACCACUUUCACCCGGUGGUGCCAGUUCCUUUCUCUUACACUGACCCACCCAAAUCUAUCCCUCUAAUACAGGUUACCCCACACCCCUCCCCUCGAGGUAGCCCUCUCCCGACCCCCAAAGGUACACCGGUGCACACUCCCAAGGACAGCCCAUCCGGGACUCCCACACCCACGCCGCCGCCCAGCCCCUCCAUCGGCGGUCUACCCUGGAGGACACGACUCAACUCCAUCAAGAACAGCUUCCUGGGAUCGCCACGCUUUCACCGCAGGAAACUACAGGUUCCCACGCAAGAGGAGAUGUCCAGCCUCACGCCCGAGUCUUCCCCAGAACUUGCCAAAAAAUCCUGGUUCGGUAACUUCAUCAGCCUGGAGAAGGAGGAGCAGAUCUUCAUCGUGAUCCGAGACAAACCGCUCAGCUCCAUCAAGGCGGACAUCGUUCAAGCCUUCCUCUCGAUUCCCAGCCUGAGCCACAGCGUCAUCUCCCAGACCAGUUUCCGAGCCGAGUACAAGUCCACAGCGGGGCCCACCGUGUUCCAGAAGCCGGUCAAGUUUCAGGUGGACAUCACCUACACGGAGAGCACAGCAGCCACCAAGGAGAACGGCAUCUACUCCGUCACCUUCACCCUGCUCUCAGGACCCAGUCGACGCUUCAAGCGGGUGGUGGAGACCAUUCAGAGCCAGUUGUUAAGCACACAUGACCAGCCUGGAGUCCAGCAGCUGUCUGACGAGAAGAACGGCCAGGUGCCGUACAACACGCCCACCAAGCGCUGCCCCUCACCCAUGCACGUCCGACGGCACGAGCAGGCCGAGGCCACCGACGGCAAAGGCCCCCCGGCGGCUCGAGACCGGGCCCGGCUUCCGUCCGUGGGGCUGCAGGAGGAGUGCUAGACCCUCCGCUUGUACAUAGCUAGCUGUGAACAUACUCUUUUUAUAAAAGCAAAACUUUAUUUAGAUAGAUAGUGACAUUCUACAAAUCCCCUUCCUCCACCACCAUCACCAUCAUCAUCCUCCACCCGCCUUCAUCUCCUCCAUCUCAUCGCUGCUGCUCUGACCUGACUUGUUUCUGAUGCCAGGAAUCAUCCAGAAAACCUAUUAAGCCCCUCGUCCUCCCCUUCACACCCCCCCCUCCUCGACGGACAAGCCAAGAGAGACGGACAAUUGUUGACGGAGGACUUCUUUUUGAGUGGCGCGCGGGGGGUUACCAUGGAAACAGACCCUUCAUACCGACCUCCAUCUCCUUCUGUGCCCCUUCUCCACCUCCGGCAGCAUCACGACACCGUCAGUGUUCGCACACGACAUGACUCCAUGAGACACACAAACACACAAUAUGCACAGAAAACUCUGGGAUAUAUAACAGUGGUAAACAAAUCUAUAGAAAAAAAAGAAUAUCGGGGGGAGAAGGGGGCGGAGCUUGUGGACAAACCGGAUUGUAUUGUUUGCUUUUUAAUGUACCUUCUUUGAGAUGAACCGGGUUUAUUAGAGUUGAUAUUAUCGCUGCGACAGACCGCGGUUGCAGCGGUGGGUGGGGGGUGGUUGGUGGGCGGGGCCUGUGAUGACAGUAUUGGGAGGUGGGGGGGUCUUUCAAAAUGAAUGAUCUAUUCUGUUGUACAGACUGAUAUCAUUUCUUAUGUAUAAAACUGAAAUGUCUAGUUGUGACACGAUGUUUAGAGACCAUAGCGACGGACGGGUCGACCCGUCGGGUACUGUUCUUAUAAACUCCUGCGUGUUUUGGUUUACUCCAUGGCGUCUGUCCUCGUUUUGGUCGGCCUCAUAUCGACGCGAGCGUUUCCUGUCUCAUGUCAGCUCAAGCACUUUCUUUCGUUCCAUUUCCAGUCAUACCUCUUCUCUUCGGCUGCGUCCACACGACCGCAGUUUUCAACCAAACUGCCGAAAAUUAAGAACCUGGGUAUUCAUUACACUCAAACUCACUUCCUGUUUCUUUUUUUUUUCGAAAAAAUAUUGCAGUUGUUCAAAGUACCAUGGGAAUUAUAGUCAUUUAUAUGCAUCCCCUCUUCUCUUGUAAAUAGUUGUGAAGCUUCGUGAAGCGUUGUUGUCUUCAGAGCCUGCUUUGCCACCAAUGGAGCCCUUAAAGUGAAGCUUCAUCAGACCAACACUAAGCUCUUGUUAGGUACCAAGGUCUUGACAAGCUAACUAUGUUUAGCAUCAUGGUCAUAGUCAGAACAUUCAGUUUCUACUGAAAACAUAGGUGACAUGCAGCUAUUGUUUCUUUUUUCUCCCCAAUGGAUAUUUAUUUAUUUUAUUUAUUUACAAAUAUUUUUAAUAUAUUUCUUUUUUUGUUUUUUGUUUUUUCUUUUCUUUCUUCUGCAUUUGUAAUUCAUGUUUUUUCCCUUUAUUUCAAUUUAAGACAACAAUUCCAGCUAAAAUGCCUGUUUUUCUUUCUUAAAAAAUUUUUUGUUUUAUGUUUUCUUUUUUCUCUUUUUCAGUUCAAGACCAAAAAUGAAAAAAAAAACGUGUAAUAUAAAUUUUAUAUUGGCUUUUUCUUUUCUUUUUUUUUCAAUUUAAGACAAAAAUAUUUCCUCUUUGUUUUAAGUUUUGUACUGUGACGUUUAAAUAUAUAUAUAGAUAUAUAUAUAACAUAAUUCCAUUUACUUGCCAACAUACCACUUUAAUAGUUUGCGACUUCAUUAAUGAAAGUAAAGUGUACUGUAAAGGCGUCAGGGAGACUUUUUCAAAUAUUAUCAUUACUAUUGUUAUUAGUUUCAGAGCCCAUUACAUGGCCAUUUAUUUAAAAAAAAAUAAAAAGGCCUCCUUUUUCUAAGCAAUUAAAAACCCAUCGACGUGAAAUAUGGUGCAUCUGGGCUCUGAAACUAAAGAGUAUUUAGUUCCCAUAUUAUGGAAAUAUUAAGGAAAAAAUGUUGUUGGGAAUAAAAGAGCUUCAAAUGGACAUUAUUUUCAGGACAAAAAAAAGUCAAACUCAAGAAAACAGCGUCGUGUGGACGCAGCCUGAGACUCACUUUACCAGCAGUAGGAGUAGAGGAAAAAAAACUGUACAAAUGCAAUUGUGGAUAUUUUUGUAUUUCUGUCUUUAUUUAUUGAUGUUUGUCCAUCUCGCGCUGUCACUCCCUCAUUUAUACUAACUUGUACGAACAAAGCCGUUAGCUGAGUUGAAUGUUAUUUAUUACCCUCUAGUGUGUUUGUAAAACAGGGCGACAUUCGAAGAAAUGUAUUUUCUUCCGCAUUUUUAGCAGAAUCAUGUGAGGUUCCCUCUCGGUGGGGAGGGCGGGAUUUUCUGGGGGGGGGAAAAAAGACUUACCGGUGAUUUAAGAAUGUAGACUUAGCCUCUAUUUGAAGAGGAUCUAUCGCUCUUCUAUUGGUAUUUGUCAGUUUCAUAUUAUCGUGGGUGUCGGUCGGUGGGGCCCGAGGAGAAGGACGCCGCUCACGCUCCAAACAGUUCUUCUUCUCUUUGUACAUAGAGACCAAGCUCUGGGGGUGGAUUGUCUUCUGGGCCGUGCUGCGAUUCCUGCUCUCUGCUUUUAGCUUGUAUUGCUGUGUGCAUGUCAGACUUGAGCUUUUCUUUGCAUGGCUUUCGUGUCAAUGUUCCAUGCCAAACUCUCUCCUCCCAUUCUCCAGGCUCUGUCCCUCUCCGCUUUGAUUUCUGGCCUUCUUCUUCGUCCUUUUCCUCUUGCUCUCGUGCACAAGGUUUUUUGAACAAUGCUUCCUUUGCUCUGUACCGCCCUCUCUGGAAGGAAACGCUGGGGUGCGGGCGCUUGUCGGCCACAGGGAGAGGAUCAAUACUCCAAAACACAAAGCAAUACCCUCCUGUUCACCCCUGUUUUGUUUUCUACAACGGGAAGCUAGCAGCUCUGAGAACAUGUGAUGAUUCCGUGGCCCUACACGGUUUCAGGACAGAGCAGGAACAAACAAACAGAUGGAUGUAAUCCCCAUAUAAACAUAACUGUGAGCAUCUUCAGUGCUGCAACAAAUAAACUCAUUCAGUUAUA